CAUUCCUCGGAUAGCUCCCCAUGUAGUGUAGUUGCUGCGGAGAAAGCGAAGUAGAGAAGACCGGACAGUGUUCUUGUCGUCGUUAUGGAGCUUGGCCUCUCGUAAGAGCACGGAGUAUCUUCUCUUCGCACCUUCAUGUCUCAGCUAAAGUCGACGGUUUUUCCGACAUGAGACCCAGUUUGUCCCGAGAGCUGCAAGAAUCUAACGGAGGAACCUCGUACCCGAACUGUGGGGUGCAACACGCCCUCUCCAGCCCAGUCCAGGACCGAAGAGCUCAACCAUGUUGGUCUCUCCUCAUAAGGAAGCACCUCGAGCAGGGCACGCCGAGGGAAGCAAUUCACGUGUAUAAAAAAUUUCGCUGCAAGGGAAGCUACACUGCAGGUCUUGUUCCUUUGGUAGCCAAAGCUUGCGCUUCUAUCGCAUUGCUUGGUCCAGCGAAAUCUUUGCACGCUGAAUCUGUCAAGUUCGGGUCUGAUCACGACGUCGUCGUGGGUACCUCGCUGGUUGGUUUGUAUGCCAAGUGUGGUGAUGUCGGCGAUGCGCGUAGGGUGUUUGACUUAAUGCCAGCGAGAAAUGUUGUGACGUGGAACGCUAUGCUCGGUGGAUAUUUGAGAAAUGGAGAUACGAAGUCAGCUUCAUGUUUGUUUGAACAGAUGCCAGCACGAAGCCAAGUGACGUGGGUCGAGAUGAUUGAUGGGUUUGCUAAGAACAGAGAUACAAUGACUGCUAGGAGGCUCUUUGAUCAGGUUCCCCAGGAGAUGAGGAAUGUAGUUACAUGGACUGUAAUGGUGGACGGAUACUCGAGCAAUGGAGAGAUGGAAUCAGCGAGGGAAAUAUUUGAAGAUAUGCCAGAAAGAAAUUUCUUUGUGUGGUCAUCAAUGAUCUCUGGGUAUUGCAAGAGAGGUGAUGUGAAGGAAGCUGAGGCGAUUUUUGACAGAAUUCCAGUAAAAAACUUGGUAAACUGGAAUGCGUUGAUUUCUGGAUAUGCCCAGAACGGAUUUUCGGACAAAGCAUUGCAAGCAUUUAGCCUAAUGCAAGCUGAAGGAUUAGAGCCUGAUGAGGUUACUGUGGUCGGUGCCCUAUCAGCCUGUGGUCAGUCUGGAUCAUUGGGUGUUGGUAAGAAAAUACACGAUAUGAUAAAGGAGAAGGGAAUUAAUCUUAACCAAUUUGUCUUGAGUGCGCUGGUUGACAUGUAUGCCAAAUGCGGGGAUAUAACAAAAGCAAGAUCAAUUUUUGAUGGGAUGUCCGAGAAAAACUGUGCUUGUUGGAACUCCAUGAUUUCAGGCUUUGCCAUUCACGGACAAUGCAAAGAAGCUCUUGAGUUUUUCUUGAAAAUGGAAGACUCAGGUCAGAAACCCGAUGAAGUAACAUUUCUCAUUGUAUUAUCGGCAUGUGCUCAUGGUGGUUUUGUGGAUGAAGGCUUGGAAAUCUUCUCAAAGAUGGAUAAAUGCAACAUACAAGUCAGGGUUAAGCAUUAUGGCUGCUUGGUUGAUUUAUUAGGGAGGGCUGGAAGAUUGGAAGAAGCUUUUAAGCUAAUCAAGAGAAUGCCAGUGGAACCAAAUGAUGCAGUCUGGGGUGCUUUGCUUGGAGCAUGCAGAAUCUACUUAAAUCUGGAGAUGGCAGAGGAUGUCUUGAAGGACAUUAGAACACUUCAUUAUGAUGAAGAUUCCCCGGAUGACUCUCAUUAUGUGCUACUGUCAAACAUUUAUGCUGCUUCUGAUAGAUGGGAGAAGGCCGAGAGGAUGAGAUUAGUCAUGGGAUACGAAGGUUUUCAGAAAGUGCCAGGAUGCAGUUCUGCAGUGGUUGCUGGCUGUGAAGGUUGGUGACUGUGAAGGCCAGUUUUCCUCCCACAGUAUUUUAUUCCAUGUUAUACAAUGUUCAGAGGGGUUAGUGGGGAACUAGCAGUGUUUAGUGUUCUCGAGGUUUACUCACCUAAGUGGUGUUUACUCAUCACGGAAAAAAUAUCAUGUCAUACUGGACAAUAUGCUGAGACUAAAUUUCUACGGUGCUGGCCAGUGGUGAAGUCUAUUAACUACCGUGCAUUCAAGUCAAAACACCAGGCCCAACUACGGGGUAGCAAAUAUUCAUUGGGUCGACACAGAGAGAUGAGAACUGUCGUGUCUUUAGCCAUGGGCAUAGUGCUAAAGCUACUCUACAUCAGGCUUGCAAAUACUUGGAAGAGGCAUGUCUAGUACUCGCAUCGUGCUGCCUGCUGCUUUCGUAGAUGUAUGUAGGAAAAGAAAAGGUCCCCAUUGUUCAUACAAAUGAGGAUCAUUCACCAAAUCUCAUCCUCUACCUUGAAAAGAAAUUGAAGCUCGACAUAUAAUGGAGUUUGAAUUAGCC